GAACCAGAAUUAUUUAUUGCGUCUGACUUGACUUUGGCGCUGUGGAUACAGGGGAGGGAGCCGUGUCUAUUUAAAGAGGGUCAUCCAGUCACGGAUAAAUAACAGAGGGUCCACGGCGUUGACUAACCCCCUCUAAAUGGUCUUCAUCCUCCACUGUGUGUCUGUCUGCGGAUACUUAUUGUUUAUUAGUCAGCUGUAACAACCAUCCGCCGACCCGCGUCAGGCCAGUCUACCAGCUCUGCUCCAGGAGCUCUAGCCCCCUUUUUAUUUGUUAAUUUAUUAUUUUUCUUAUAGGGGGAUAAGUGGGUUAAAAAUGGGCAAAGAUUACUAUAAAACGCUGGGUAUCUCUAAAGGAGCCACGGAUGAGGAUAUAAAAAAAGCUUACAGAAAACAGGCGCUGAAAUGGCAUCCGGACAAAAACAAGUCUGCAGCCGCCGAGGAGAAAUUUAAGGAAAUCGCCGAAGCAUAUGAAGUCCUCAGUGAUCCGAAGAAAAGGGAAAUUUAUGAUCAGUAUGGAGAGGAAGGUCUCAAGGGAGGAAGUGGGCCCGCUGGUGACGGACAAGGCACCACUUUCACCUACACCUUCCAUGGAGACCCUCACGCCACCUUCGCCACUUUCUUCGGAGGCUCCAACCCCUUCGAGAUGUUCUUCGGACGUAAAGCGAACGGGCGAGACGACGAGGACAUGGAGGUGGACGGAAACGACCCCUUCGGCUCCUUCACCAGCUUCAACCUGAACGGCUUCCCCCGUGACGGCCACGUGGGCCUCGGGGGGCAGCAGCGGCGGAAGCAGGACCCACCCAUCAUCCACGAACUGAGGGUCACCCUGGAGGAGGUGUUCCACGGCUGCACCAAGAGGAUGAAAAUCUCCCGCAAAAGGCUAAAUCCAGAUGGCAGGACCAUGCGCACUGAGGAUAAGAUUCUCACUAUCGAGAUUAAGCGGGGCUGGAAGGAGGGAACCAAGAUCACGUUCCCCCGGGAGGGAGACGAGUCUCCAAAUACUAUUCCCGCUGACAUUGUUUUCGUCAUCAAGGACAAACCACACCCCCACUUUAGGCGGGAGGGCUCCAACAUUGUGUAUCCAGUGCGUGUGAGCUUACGACAGUCGCUGUGCGGAUGCUCCGUCACCGUGUCGACGAUAGACGGCAAGACGUGCAACAUGAAGAUCACGGACGUCGUCAAGCCCGGCAUGAGAAAAACUGUAGCCGGACAGGGUCUCCCGUUCCCCAAAAACCCCGAGCAGAGAGGAGACCUGGUGGUGGAGUUUGAUGUGAACUUUCCCGAGUCUUUGCCGACAAACGCCAGAGAUGUCCUGAAACGGCAUUUACCUGCUUAGGAAGAAAUAAACGAGGGAGACAGAGCCACAUGACACACACAUACUUACACACACACACUUACACACACACAUGCACAAGGACAGUUCUGACAGUUCACAGAUGGACCCCCCCUUCCCAAAUGGCGAAUGUGCAAUUUCUAUUUUUGAGCUCUGUGGUGUUUUUAUAAAUGCCAUGCAUGCUGCCAAGUUGAUACAAGUGCGAGCGAUAUCUGAACGUGCACAUUUCAUGUUUGUGGGCCUUUGCCACUUUUUCGUUAGUUGGAAAUGUUUUGGUGUGAAUGAUUCUACAGCUGCAAAAGCAAAAAAACAAACUCUAGUGUCAAACAGCUCGUUGUCUUACUUUAGACUCGUCAGGCUUCACGUUUGCUUUGCCGCGAGCAGUGAACUUUGAUUUGGAGGUUCUUUGGAGGUGGUCGAAUGAACUCAGCAGGUGCAAUGUGUGCAUUUUAGAAACUUACCUGUGAAAAUACCUUGACUUGAAUUUUAAAAUAAAUAUUUACACACAAACUGACUCGAGCUGUUUCAGCCACGGAGAGGCUCAGAGACGCGUCCUCCUCCGGGAUAUAAACAGUCAUCGCUUUAAAAAGACAAAAAAAAAGUUAAUACCGCUUAGGAUUAUUUAUAGUCUGUGUAGCAUUAUUAUUACACAACAUGGGUUCUUUGCAGCCCAGGGGGGAAUGAAAUGAACCUAUAUUUUGAUAGUCAAAUGUGAAUAAUUUGCUGUUGUAAAAAAUGUUUCUGAUGUGCGAAAUUAAAAUUAAAAAUACCUUGACUGAAGUUAAUGUGUAAAGUUACUCACAGCACAAAUAUGAAUGUGUAAUUAUAGCUGUCUGUUAGCUCCCCUGCUGCUGACGCAUGCAGGAGAGCUGACAUUUUCCCACCAGGGGACGCCACAUCUUUAUGACUCAGGGGCCCACAGUGAGGAUGGCCUGUGUUAGCGCCAGAUUUACUGCUGUUUAGUCAUUUUCACUAAAUUUCCCAUUUUUAUUUAGUUUUACAUCAGUGAUUUUUAUUGAUUUUAACUCAGUGAGUUUAGUGUCUGUUUCAGUGCUACUUUUACUGGUGUGGGUAAUAUCAGGAGUUCAGAAGAGCAUAACAAUAAAUAGACAUAUAAAAAAAACCUCAAACUGGCUGUGUUGGCAGAUAAUAAUAUCCUGCUAUUAAACUAUAAUUAUCUAUCUAUCUACACAUAGAAGCAGUGAAUGAUGAAGACUAUGAUGAACUUAGAAUUUGGGGGAAUGACUUACCCAGAGUGAUAAGUAACAACAGUUGCUUCUCUAAAAUUACUGCAGGUAUCUUUCCUCCUUGGCAUUGUGUUAAUGCACACGUGAAAACUGCCAAAACUUCAGCUUUGUCACAGAUACUGAUUGAAUUGAUCAGAUGCAUUUAGUGCUAGUUACCCUCUUAAUUCCUAUGGAAGCAGUAAGACGAUAGUUCGUUUUGCACACACUGCUUCUGCAUUUUUCCUCAGUUUUUAUUAAAUGAUUAAUGACACGGUGUAAUAUGUCAAUGUUGUUCAUCCAGGCUUGUAUUUCCACAACUUUAAGCUUUGCUAAGGAACGACUGAUUUUUGUCACGUUCUGACAUAUAAAAGCUUGAAUUUUGAAUAAGGUUGUACUUUCUUUUUACAUAACUUGAUCCGUCCAUCCAUCUUAAAUUGUCCAUCAGCAUGUGUAGAGAUUCAUGCAGAUGAUGCGUCACUAUCAUGCACAGAGAGUGGAGAGUAAACACACAUGCUCUGGAUAGUGUGGGAGCGCACCAGCUGCCGAUCCUCUCCGUUCAAAAUCGCCGUAACUCUGACUAGAAAUUGGCAUUUGGAUUUUUCAAUCUAGUAUCUGUGAGCAUUAUGUGAGUAAAAGUAUGGCCUCUAAGUUAAAGGUCACGGUGUAAACCUGAAAUGAUGUCUCCUGGAGCUUUUACCAACCACAGUUUCCCAUUUUAUGUUGUUUAAUGUUGCAUUUUUAUCCAAAGUGCAGUGAAAGACUCAUCAUUAAAUAUUUAAGCUAUGGAUUAAAAUUCAUAAAUCAAUAUUUAGUCCCUUUAAGCAUGCGCAGAUUCGAUUACUAACAAGUACGACUGAUUUACAAAGGUCUUUACUUUUUCAUUAUCAGCAUUUAAAUUGAUUCUUCAAAGCCUGUUUUAAAGAGGAGCAUUCAAACAGCAACUUCAUCCUCAUAAUUAUUUAUUCAUCAAAUAGUUCCCCCAGCGUCUGUACACCCGAGGAGCAGUUUAAACAGAUACGUGCUUCACGCUCAG